GUUAAAUAACCUAAAAGAUCUAUUGUUUUCAGUCGUUACUGAUUUACUAAAGUUUUUACUAAUUUUACUUAUCAAAACAUUAUAACGUGGCUUACACUACAAGUAAAAUGAACGAUAGCGACUUUGAAGAAUUUCAAUAUAAACUGAAUCUUAUGCUUGAGAAAAAUCGAUUAGAUUCCUUUAAUAACAAAUGGGUAUUCGAUGAUAGCAAGCCUUGUAAUGCAAAAAAGUUGGCAGAAGCAGGUUUUUAUUACACUGGAACUGAAGAAGAACCAGAUUUUGUUCAAUGUUUCUUUUGUGACAAACAAUUAGUUGGUUGGGAAGAGGAGGAUGAUCCUUGGCAAGAACACCUUCAUCGAUCUCCCCAGUGCGAAUUUGCAAAACAUAACAAGUUGGAAAUGGAGCUGACAUUGGCACAGUUCAUUCAAUUAAGAGAGAAACUUGUAAUGAAACUUUUUAAAAAGUGGAUGUCAAAGAGAGAUGAACAGUUUGAGUGGAUGUUUAAAAUGAUCAAUGAAUUGAAAAGACGAUAAAUUGUAGGUAAAGAUGUAACUAGGAACUUAGGGUUAAUUAAAAUUUAAUAUGUAACUUCCUGAUAAAUAGAUUAAUGGAUAACAAAAGAGCGAAUUUUAUACAU